CAGUCGUAUAUGUGUUUAGUUUUUUGAUGAUUGUUUUGUUGGACAUCUCGAAAAUAAUAUUUGGAUUUGAUCAUUUCUUUUAGUCAAUGGUUGUCUAGAAUUCUUAUAAUGGAUGACAAUCUACCAACAGAAUUUGAUUUAAUUGUCGUGGGGACUGGAUUGACCGAGUCCGUGGUUGCAGCAGCUGCCAGUCGAAUCGGAAAAUCCGUUCUACACUUAGACUCGAAUGAUUUUUACGGUGGCUACUGGGCAUCUUUCAACUUGGAUAACAUUAAGACCGUCAAACAAACUUCAUCCAACGGAACCGACGACAUCCAAGUCAAUGAAUUGCACAACAAUUCCAUCAAAUUGUCGGACAAUUUGUGUCGAUUAGUGAAUGUAAGCCAAGAGUUUCACGUCUGUAAUCAGCAGUCGGAUGAAGUGGAAGGAACCGCCGAUGCAAAAUGGACGGUUGAUAAAGUGAUGAAGGAAUUUCGAAAGUUUAACAUCGACAUCACUCCGAAGUUAUUGUUCUCACGCGGGGACCUUGUCGAAUUGUUAAUUUCGUCGAACAUUUGUCGAUAUGCCGAAUUCCGGUCGGUCGAUCGAAUCACGACGCUCAUAAAUGAUGAAUUGAACUCGGUGCCAUGCUCUCGAUCGGACGUAUUUACAACCAAAGAUGUUAGCGUUGUCGAGAAACGUCUGCUGAUGAAAUUACUUUCAACGUGUCUGAACUACGAGGAAGACAACGAGGAAUUUAAAGAUUUCGAAGGGAAAACGUUUCAGGAGUACUUGAAGUCGAAAAAAUUGACUCCAAAAUUGGAACACUACAUUCUGCAUGCCAUCAGCAUGAGCAACACUGAAACUUCAUUCAAAGUGGGUCUGGCACGGACCAAUAAGUUUCUGUCGAGCUUGGGGCGCUAUGGCAACACUCCGUUUCUAUUUCCAAUGUACGGAUGUGGCGAGAUUCCACAAUGCUUUUGCAGGCUCUGUGCUGUAUUCGGUGGAGUUUAUUGUUUGAAGAGGGCCAUCACGGAAAUUUACUUCGCUGACAACGGUGACAAGCUGGUCUUUGAUGCAAUCCAAUGUGAUACCCAGAAAAUCCAAGCGAAAAAUAUUGUCUUUGGUCACGGAUCAAUAGCGAGCGCUAAGUUUGAGAAAGCCACAGGCUCACCUCCAAAUGAAGAAAUCGAUUCCGAUGCGACGAAAGUUCGCUGCGGAAAUUUAUCCCGAGGAAUAUUCAUAGCAGAUACUCCGAUCGGCGGUGAGAAUUUGAACAGCGGUGGUGGCGGAGUCAUAUUCCUGAAAAUGCCUUCUUCGAAUGGUGAUGGUGAUGGCGCAUUUGUGAUACAAUUGUCGCAUUGGAGCGGUUGUUGUCCGAAAGGAUUUUAUCUCGUUCAUAUCACGUGCCAGACGUCGGGAACAUCGGCAAAGGACGAUUUAGCUGAGUAUGUAGAAAAGUUAUUCAAAAACUACCAGUGGCAGGAACCGGUUGAAAUUCAAUCGACGGAAGAGCAGGUCGCUGAUGAAACUCAAUCGACUGAAGAGCAGGUCGCUGAUGAAACUAAAUCAACAGGAGGUGCAUCGACUCCCGCACAAUCAUCGCCACGUGUGCUAUGGUCAACGUACUACAACAUUCCGUCAUGUUCGAAAUGCAAAUACGCUGACGAGACUCCCAUUCCGGGAUUACAUCUGGCGUGUGGACCAUUUUUCGAAUUAGAUUACGACAAGUCUAUUGAAAAUGCGAAAAAGCUGUUCACCAAAAUCUAUCCGACUGAGGAAUUUCUGCCGAGAGCACCGGAUCCGGAUGAAAUUAUCAUCGGAGACGAUGACAAUGAGAAUAUCAAAUUAGAAAUUCAGGAGAAGAUAGCUGAUGUGGUUGAAGGAAUCGACAAUGACGUUAAAUGCAUCCAGGAAAAUGAUUUGAAUGAGAGCAUUGAGUAAAACGUUCUUUGCCUUAUGUAUUGAUAGCUACUAAUACAAAGUGAUUGAAGUA